GUCCAACAUUCGUCUUGCUAUAUCGAGGGUCUUAUAUACUUAGAGCUUGAGCCGGAAGCUAACUACUCCUAUACCAUCACUUCUUCUCUAUAUUAUUGAGACGCAUUGCCCACUACUGGAGACGGACUCAACCUGGCUACUUGCUCGCGUCCCCGCACAACCCAGCAUGUCUGUAUACAGUCAGCAAAGCUAUACCGACGCCAUUUCGAAUGGCAACCGGUAUCGCCGCUUGUCUAACAAUGCCGCUGAACGGGCAGACCUUUUCACCGGCCCAAAUGUGCUUGUGCCGCCCAAGCACCUAAUGGCCUCGAGCCAGCCGGCGGACUUGGCCGUGGAGAUGGAAAUGGCCAAACAGCGUAUGGAGAGUGACACCUCUUCAACGGCUUCGGCGGAAAGUCCUUUGGCUGCAUCCCCAGCUACCUCGCCGCUCAUCCCUGCUUCUACCACCACGACAGAUGAGUUCGCCCUGGCUUUUGACAUUGACGGUGUCCUCAUCCGAGGAGGAAAGCCCAUUCCUGCUGCUAUUGAGGCUAUGAAGUAUAUCAACGGGGAUAACCCGUACGGCGUCAAAGUCCCGUACAUUUUUGUUACGAAUGGCGGUGGGAAAACUGAAGAAGAACGCUGCUUGGAUCUCAGCCGUCAGCUCGAGCUUGAGGUCGCCCCGGGGCAGUUCAUUUGCGGACAUACCCCAAUGAAAGAGAUGGCGCAGAAAUACGACACCGUCCUCGUUGUCGGUGGUGAAGGCGAGAAAUGUCGAAUUGUGGCUGAAGGCUAUGGCUUCAGGAACGUCAUCACUCCUGGAGAUUUCAUUAAGACGCAUCAUGACACCACGCCGUUCCGCAAGUUGACCGAAGAAGAAUACAACAACUCCAGAGUGCUUGACCUUGAGACACUUCGAAUUGACGCAAUUUUUGUCUUCGCCGACAGCCGUGACUGGGCUGGCGACCAGCAGAUCAUUCUCGACUGCCUGAUGAGCAAGAAUGGCAAUAUGCUUGAGCGCUCCACGACCUUCGAUGAGGGCCCGCCCGUCUUCUUCUCCCACAACGACGUGGUCUGGUCCACCUCGCACCAGCACUCCCGUAUCGGCAUGGGUGCGCUUCGCGCCUCACUUGAGGCUCUGUACAAGGCAGUGACCGGCAAGGAACUGACGACAGUCGCCUUCGGCAAGCCGCAGCUCGGCACCUAUGAGUUCGCCACACGUCUUCUUCGCCAGUGGCGCAAGGAGUUCCACGGCAUCAACAAACCCCCUAAGACCGUUUAUUUUGUCGGCGACACCCCAGAGUCCGACAUCCGCGGCACAAACAAGUUCAAUGAGAUUAGCGAUACAGAUUGGUUCUCUAUCCUUGUCAAGACAGGUGUUUACCAGGAGGGGACAAUUCCGCGCUACCCGCCAAAGAAGACCUGCGGAACUGUCCUCGAUGCGGUCAAGUUCGCUAUCAACCGAGAGCUUGGACUAAAGACAGAUGAUCUUCGUAACAACGAGCCAUCUCCUGAGCGAUAUGGGGAAGUCCGUGCCUGAGCUGGAUAUCGACGGCUGUCCCUGCUAUUGGGAGAACUUAUGCUUAGGCUUAUGAUUUUUUGCUAUCUUUCGGUUUUCUGUUCUCUUCUUCGCUCCUAUCUGCUUUCUUCUCUUCGCGUUUAUGUGCUAUUCCCUAGAUUCCCCUCAUGUUUGCCCUUUUCAGUUCUAUUCAUUUCUUUCCCAUCCCGUUCGCUCUGCAUAUCUGCUACUGGGAUAGAGUGCCUCAUAGAAUCCGGUACCUUUCCAUAUCUAGAUAGUGCUACAAAGUACGAAGAAUGAACGGUGCAUAGGUCCC